CAACCUCGAUCAAAUUUUGUUGCAGCUUGUAUUCGCAUAGAAGCGUUUUCGGAAAAUAAAAACCACCACCGUGCUUUGUAUUAUCAAAAUGGUCAGCAAACUAGAUGUAGUUGAGCGUGAAGUGGCUACCGAUAAGAAACGCCGUAAGACUAGCGUAACUAACUCGGCAGAGAAUGUCCUAGCGACCGCUAAAGUGAACAAGGAAGACGUUUACAUGAAUACUAUCGCAUGUGAGGAGCAGGAAUCUAUUGGAAGGUCUCCAGCUAAAGAUGCCCAACUAUUUCACAAUACGUGCGAGGAACUGAGAAUCUUAUUCGGAGAGAUAGCCAAGCUAAAGUUAGAAAGCAGCGAAGAUUCAAAGGGCAAAAUGACGGAAAAACGUAUUGAGGGAUCGUUGGCAUUUGUGCUGUUAAAAAAAUUGAACAGAUUAGAUAAAGUGCGUAUUCGCGAUGGUCGCGAUGCUCUGCACAAAGAAAAACUACGUGUAGACAGCAACCGACUGCAGCUACAAAAUCUUCUGUACGAAGCUGAGCAUUUAAAGCGUGAAGUGCAGCGAUGUUAUCUUUUCAAGAGUCAAGACGAAGAAAUUGAACUGGUUCCGGUAGAAGAGUUUUAUGAACGAGCUCCGGAAACUGUUUCUCGUCCGGAUCAUACAAAAACAGACGAACAUAUCCGUCGCAUCGCCCGGCUAGAGUGGGAACUACAACAACGGAAAGAACUCGACGCACAACUAAAGAAACUACAAACACUGAAAGAUGCAGUUCAAAAGGAUAUCGUUUCCAAAACUGAAAGACUUGAAUCUUUGGGGCCCCGUCUACGAGAGCUACUCGUUGCAACAAGACCCCUGCAAGAGGCUUUGGAAAUGCCCAUCGAAAGUGGAUGGGAAAUACUGAAGACCGUGAGGCUUUUAUCUCAACCAUUAUAUUUAUUGUAUGCUAACGUAUCGGCCUACGGAGAAGCUUGUGACAACCUUAUCUCUGCCACGAUUCAAGGCGACGAAGAAGAAGCUAAACAGCUGGAAAAUUCUCUUCAAGAUGAUGAUUCUUUGAACCAUGGAUGUAACGAUUCGGGGGUCUGCAACUUCCGUGAUCGCGGAGAUUCAGACAACGAAGAAAACGAGCAUGAGCAAGAGCGUGGUAUGAAAAAACGCGGUCAUCAUCGCGGGCAGACCAAGGCGAACCUGGCUGAGAUCCGGAAGGAAAGACUAUUUAAAGUGCAUCCCCUCAGUGUAACAAUCACCGUUCGAACACAGGAUCAAUCGUCAAUGCCAUCGGACACUCAAACUGGACCUGGACUUGCACUGACCUUUUCUUACUUGCCCAACAUGAACGUGGUAACGGUAGAUUGUGCGUUAACAGGGAUACAGAUAUCAGGCGUUGCCGCUGGAGACGUCUUGGCCGUGGAAACGAUAUUAAAUGAACUGUUUCCUGGAGACAACGGCGAUGAGAGCCCAAAUCCUAAAACAAAAUAUCAGCUUCAGGAGCUGUCUAUUGAAACACCACUACAAAUGGGGAAGCUGUUGGUUGAAAGUAACCUCGGAAGAUCAUUCCGUUGGGUACAAGAGCUGUGUGGACUGGAAUUUAUUUCCUCCUCUUACGAAUGCCGACGUGAUCGAUACACUGGUACCAAAACCACAAAUGCGAAUGGUUGUCAUGAAACUAUUCCAUCUAUUAUUCGCGCCAUACGGAACCGAUGGGAGUCGAGACUUAAAUUGUACAAACAGAUCCAUGAUCUGGAGAGCAAACUUAUCGAUACAUCCACUAACGAUGAGCGAGGACAUUCAAUCCGUAUUUCCAGCUCGCUGCUACAGUGGAGCUCGAUUUCGUUCGAAGAUUACGUCGCAUCUGGAGUGGCCAACGGAUUUGUUGAAGAUUCCGUUGCCACUGACAAAGAUUUGUACUUCCGUGCAAUCGUUAUACGCGGUUCUGCCAAACUUGAAUGUUACAUUUGUGUAUCAUGCCGGUAUCCGGAGGCUUCACCGUUGUGGUCGCUGUCGUUGAAUUGGAAUGGAAAACAUACUGCCGCUGGCAAUAGCUCCGUUAGAGAAAUGGAAUACUGGGUAAAUACCCUGUCAGCAAAAGACCACCCUCACAAUGUUCUGCCAAUGCAGCUUAAACGAGCAAUGUCUUGCUUGGACGUAUAUCUUGAAACAGAUGGCCAAUUUUACACACCAGCAGAGUUUACGCAAGAUAAAACCUUCCUAAAGCCUUACCGUGGACGAAGCCGCGCUAAACCUUUUCGCAUUGCACCUAAUGGUAGCAGCUCCCUGUUUACGCAAAUAUAAAAAAAACAAGUUGUCAAGUAAAUCUAUCAAGUUAUACGGAAGUGGUUAAAAGAAUUGUAAUAAAACAAUAUUAA